UAAUUCUAUUUUUUGUCCCUCUUUAUCAUCCUCCAACACUAUACUCCAACACAUGGAACGGAUCAUUGUAUCAAGCAUCAACACUCCCACAAUCUUCACAACUCCAAUCUCUUUCACUUCUUAGCAACCACCUCCAUGGCAGAGCACCCACCAUCACCAAAAGCUUACAAACUAACAGCCACUUCAAUCUCCUACACCAAAUCAACCACCACCACCACUUCAUUCUUCCUCUUCAAACACUGCACACCAACCCCACCAACUCACAUCCUCAAAGAUGUCUCCCUCACCGCCUACCCCUCCGAGAUCCUCGCCGUCGUCGGCCCCAGUGGCGCCGGAAAGUCCACUCUUCUCGACAUCCUCUCCGCUCGAAGAUCGCCUUCGAGUGGCACUCUCUCCCUCAACUCCUCCCCUCUCAACCCUUCAUCCUUCCGCAAACUCUCUGCCUAUGUCCCUCAACACGAUGCAUGCCUUCCUCUGCUCACAGUUUCUGAAACCUUCGCCUUCUCUGCUCGCCUUCUAAAGCCUAAAACCUCUGACAUCGCAGCCAUUGUUUCCGCUCUUCUCUCCGAGCUGAGACUCACCCAUUUGGCUAACACAAGGCUAGCUCAUGGCCUCUCCGGUGGAGAACGCAGAAGGGUCUCAAUUGGCCUAAGCCUCCUUCAUGAUCCUGCAGUUCUGCUCCUUGAUGAACCUACCUCUGGCCUUGACAGCACCUCUGCUUUCAAAGUCAUGCAGAUUCUCAAAUCAACUUGUGUUUCAAGAAACAGGACAAUCAUCCUCUCAAUUCACCAACCAAGCUUCAAAAUCCUCUCCUGCAUUGACAAAGUCUUGCUUCUGUCAAAAGGGACUGUGGUUCACCAUGGAAGCCUUGCUUCACUGCAAUCCUUCCUUCACACAAAAGGGUUCACUGUUCCUCAUCAGCUCAACGCAUUGGAGUAUGCCAUGGAAAUACUAAACCAGCUGAAUGAGGCUAACCCCACGACUCUGCCAAUUCUCCCUGAAUCACCUUCUACAAACUCUGUUUCUGAUCACAAUGGAACUCAAAACAGAGAGAUCAGGUACCAGAGCUCAAGGAUUCAUGAAAUUCACACUCUUUACAUCAGGUUUUGGAAGGUGAUUUACAGAACUAAGCAGCUUCUUUUCACAAACACACUAGAAGCACUGGUUGUGGGUCUUGUUUUAGGAACAAUUUACAUCAACAUUGGGUUUGACGAGGAAAGCAUUCAGAAAAGGUUUGGUCUAUUUGCAUUCACUCUCACAUUUCUCCUAUCUUCCACAACAGAGACACUUCCCAUCUUCAUCAAUGAGAGGCCAAUCUUGCUGAGAGAAACUUCAAGUGGGGUUUACAGGCUCUCAUCUUAUCUCAUUGCAAACACUCUUGUUUUCUUGCCAUACUUGUUUGUAGUUGCUGUCAUAUACUCUAUUCCUGUCUACUUCUUAGUGGGACUCUGUUCAUCUUGGCUCUCUUUUGCUUACUUUGUUCUUGUCAUAUGGGUCAUAGUUCUAAUGGCAAAUUCCUUUGUCCUGUUCUUGAGUUCUCUUGCACCUAACUACAUUUCUGGAACUUCACUCUUGACAGUGCUUCUUGCAGCGUUUUUUCUCUUCUCUGGCUACUUUAUCUCAAAACAGAACAUGCCCAAGUACUGGCUUUUCAUGCAUUUCUUGUCCAUGUACAAAUAUGCUCUUGAUGCACUUCUUAUCAAUGAGUACUCUUGCUUGGUUACAAAGUGUUUGUUGUGGUAUGAAGAGAAUAAUCAGGAGUGCAUGAUUACUGGCGGUGACGUGCUGCGCCAGAGAGGGCUCAGCGAGAGAGAAAGAUGGAGCAAUGUGUACUUUUUGAUUGGGUUCUUUGUGUUUUACAGAGUGCUAUGUUUCUUGGUUUUGAUUAGAAGAGUUUCAAGAUCCAAAACUUGAUGAAGACCAUGAAAUGAUCAAAUUAUGCUAGCAUUUCAGUAUUUUUUCUUCUUCUUCAUUUCUGAUUUUGUUGUUUUGUUUGAUCUGCUUUGAAUGAAGUAUAUAAUCUUGAAUACAGACACAGAGAAAGUUUGUUUCAUAGAUAUGAAGUUGACCCUUCAUUCUCAUCUUUUUCCCAGUGUAGUUACCAAUUCUUAAUUAGAUAUAUGAUGUUCCCUCUCCUUGAAACCUCAUAAUUUGGAUGAGUUGGUAUCAUGGUGUGAUAUUUCAUAGA